AGUGGCAGAGGGCAGAGUCUUAAGACGCUCUUCAGAACAUAAAAGGAAGUCAGAGGAAGAGGAAGAAGAAGAAGUAGAGAAAACCGACAACUCAGCCCGUCAACCAUGAGCUGCAAAGUAAUUCUGGUCAUCGCCCUCGUCGUGUCGGCCGUCUGCGCUCAGCAACUAACAAGUAAUGGCCCCCGGUGCUUGUGCAUGAGGGUCAGGGAUAAACUAAUGAGCCCACCAAAACUCAUCAAGAGCAUGGAAAUCUACCCACCAAGCAGCUCCUGUGAAAAAGUGGAAAUUGUGGUGAAACUAAAAAGUGGAGCUCAGUACUGCUUGGACCCCAAUGUCAAGAAAAUAAGAGACAUUGUAAUGAAUCUCCAAAAGUCUCAAUCACAAAGCCAAACUAAGUAAUGAUGGAGGACAACAGGAGUUCGGCUCAAAGGCCUUAAAUUCUUUAAGAAGUCCGACGGGACCUGGUGAUGUACCAUCAAGAAGAUUAUUGUAUCUGUUCUAAUGCUUUUAUUUAAAUAUUUUUUUUUAUUGUUGCAGAUAUGAAAUACUACAGUUUUUUUUUUUUUUUUUUUUAACAUUUAAAAAAUGUAAAUUAUAACGCCUUUUAUUUUUGUUCAAUUAUACUGAACAUUGUAACGUAGAAGUCAGUUUUAUGGCAUUUCUAAAUGUAUAUUUUUUAAUA